CAACAUAAAAUCCGAGCACCCUCAUUCGAAUCAACUAGCGCCAAAAUGGGCUCAUUUCUCCCGCCACUCGACCUCCCUAUAUACCCCUCAAUUUCCAAACUACACAAUAAAUUCCAAACCACCAACAAAAUGGCAGCCAAAAAGAGCCAGAAGAAACACUACUGGCUCCUAAAAACAGAGCCAGGAGAGUGGUCAUGGGAGGACCAAGCCUCAAACAACGGCCUAUCCAACUGGGACGGAGUGAAGAACAACCAAGCCAAAAAGAACCUCAAGUCCAUGAAGCUCAACGACCUCUGCUUCUUCUACCACUCCGGCGCCAAGUCACGCUGCGUAGUCGGCGUCGUCUCCGUUGUUCGUGAGUGGUAUUGUGAUGACAAGGAGAAUGGGGCUGUGGAUGUUCAGGCUGUGGGUGAGAUGAGGAGACGUGUUGAUUUGAAAGAGAUGAAGAGAGAUGAUGGGAUUAAGGGGUUCGAGUUGUUUAGGCAGCCGAGAUUGUCGGUUGUGCCGGUGGAGGAGAGCGUUUGGGAGAGGGUUUGUGAGAUUGGCGGUGGGUAUGAGGGGGAUGGGAAUCAAGAUGUUUGAAUAGAUUCAUGUAAUUUCGAGUUUUCGGUCGGGUUCGUUAAAUCGUGUUAUGGUUGCUCGCAGUGUGUUUGUUAAUAGGCUUGUUUGAGAUGUCAGAUAUGUAACCCAAAACUAGACUGUUAUGUAAAAACUUGGUUUUUGUCUGA